GAUUAUUGUGGUGUUUUGAAUAAGAAUGCCCCCCACCCCAGGUCCUUAUAUUUGAAUGCUUAGUCAUCAGGGAGCGGCAUUAACUUGAGAAAGAUUAGGAGUUGUGGCCUUGUUGGAAUGGUUGGAGGAAGUGUGUCACUGGGGGUGGGCUUUGGGGUUUCAAAAGCCCAAGCCAGGUCUAGUCUCUCUCUUCCUGUUGCCUGCAGAUCGGAUGUAGAAUUUUCAGCUACUUCUCCAGCACCCUGUCUGCCUGCACACCACUGUACUCCCCGCCAUGAUGAUAAUGGACUAAACUUCUGAAACUGUAAGCCAGCCCCAGUUAAAUGCUCUCUUUUGUAGGAGUUGCGGUGGUCACAGUGUCUCCUCAUAGCAAUAGAAUGCCGACUAAGAUGAUCAUGGAGAGCUGGAGGAGAUAGUGUUCCUCCAUGCAUGCUGCUGUACCCAACACGGCUCAUUGACAUGACAACAGAUGUAAGCGGUGACAUCUCCCAUGUGGCCUUGGGGCUUGCUAACGUUUUAUUUUAACUGUGCCCUUGACUGCUGACUCUCAAGACCAAUUGGCACUUGUUUGGAACAGAUGGUAGUGGGCCUUCAGAGCGGCUGUCUAUCUUCUAUAAAAAGUUUCAUUAUAUAAUGCUAAACCUUGAAUAUCUUACAGAUUUGGAAAGGCAUCUGGAAGAACCAUAAAAAAAAAAAAGCAGCAAUUAAAGAGCUUGAGUGAAGACACUGUGGGUGGAAGAGGCACACCCAAAAGCCGUAAGGUUACUGAAUAGAGUCUUAGUGCAAGAGGUCGGUUACCACCCUGUAAGUCAUUGGCCGGGGAAGCCUCUGAGGUCCCAUAAAUGGUAUUGCCACUGCAGUUGGUUGCCUUCCAGAACCAAAUGGCAAGUUCUUAUUGUUGAAGACACCAAACACUUUGGCUGAAGGACAGAGGGAAGCGAGGAUGGGGCUGAUCUGGAAACUCACUCCCCGACUGCCAGGGGGGGAUUGUCGACAGUCCUGCCGUUAUUGACCCUGCAGGCUACACUACCAAGAUACCAGAUUUGGACCUGCUCCUACGGUUCACUGAGAGAGCUGGGGCUGCUGCUGCCGGGCCCCCAACAGAAUCAGGUGAGGACUCCAUCAGCACACUGGGCAUGAUCCUUGGAGUGGGACUGUCACUGCUGCUUGUGUCCAUCCUCGGCUACAGCUUAGCCAAGUGGUACCAGCGCGGGUACUGCUGGGACGGGCCUAAUUUUGUCUUCAACUUAUACCAGAUCCGGAACCUGAAGGACUUGGAAGUGGGGCCACCCUUCACCAUCAGUGGCCACAUGAGCAGUCCUGAUGGCGGCUACAUGAAGUUCUCCAAUGAAAGAGUCUGAUGGAGAUGCAUCUAGCCUCUGGAGUUCAGGAGAGGUCCAGGCUAAUGUCUCCCAAGCACCUGCUUUGCUCAGUCUUCCAUGACCUUCAUAAUCAUCUCGAUGCUUCCUGAACUGCUUUCACCUGCAUUCAAACGCUUCUUUGACAUGAAUGGAAAAGUUCUACUCAUUCAUGCGUUCAUUACGUUUGUUGAGUGCUUAUUACUAUGCACUGCCAUUGACUGGGUGUAGAGGGCACAGACUUCAAUCAAGAGGAGUUCCUGCUGUCAAUGAGCUGGAAGGAGUGUUGGCUAAAGGACCUUCCGUGGAAGCAGUAUACCCAGAGAACUAAUGACAUGGUCAGCUUCAACACUGUCUCCAACUGACAGAUCAGAAGACUCAGGUCCAGACAGACUCAUUUGCAAAGAACAGAUCAUGCCUAGAACCCAGAGAAGCAGUCUUUCCAGUCCCUGGGCAUGCCCCUGGGGCCUCUCCAUCCCAAUAGCCUUGCUGUGGUAGUUGAUUAGUCUUAGUGGACCUUGCUGUGGUAGUUGGUUAGCCUGAAUGAACAGAUACCAUGCGCUCACCCUGCCUCCCCACGCUCCACCCUGUACCAGGGUAUACAGCACUGGCUCUAUUACCUAUGCUGACUCUUUGCUAGGUUUGAAUCCUGGGUUCAGAUCUUCUAUGGCCUGUCACAGACUCCAUGUCUGAGCCUUCCCACCUCCACUUAGCAUAGUUAAUAUAUCACACACUUCACUUCUUUCCAAUGAGUCCAGCAGGAGUGUACCUAGCACCUACAAUGUGUUUCACACCAUUGCAGGGGCAGAGGGCACCCAGAGCGAUACUUCACACUUCCCAUUUCAUUUUCACAGGACGGCCACCUAGUGACGAGUCCUAUGUUGGAAGCACAUGCAGGGUCUGAGUGGCCACAGGUGGGGGGCUUUGCCGAGGACACGUGGGUGGCCUUGAAACAGCAAGGUGGAAGAAGAGCCUUUGGGGAUGAGGAGCAGUGAGGAUGUGAAAGGGACGAAAUGAGAAGGGGCAGGAGCCAGGGUGGGGGUUUUGGAGAACCUUCUGAGCAGAGACUUUGAGUGUUGUCUUACAAGUUGUCCGUAGAAUUCAAAGCUCGAAUUUGCAUUUCAGCCCUUCGGCUCAGUCAACAGUAGGGAAGAUUAUUCAGUGGUGAGGGAUGCUGAGGGCAGAUGAGAAAUGGUAGAGACAAUGGAAAUUAAGGAGAAAAUGCUGGCCCUGACUUGGAGACAUGAAGGGGUGAGCCACUUCACCCCUCCAAAGGCACCGGAGAAAUGAAUGUGGAUUGGCAGUUGUGGAAGCAGGAGUUGUUGGGGCCCUCCACGAGUGCAUUUUUGGGGGAAGUUGGGCCAUGGGUUAAAGAAAGGAGCUGGUGUGUUGAGGAGUGGUAAGUUCCGGCAGAGGCUGCAGGGCUUCAGAAUGCUGCUCACGCGUGCAUCAUGAAUAUUAUGUAUAGAGUGUAGCAGUCUAUAAAUGGGACUGCUCUUCUAAAGAGCUGAUUAUGAAGGGAAGGAAGGAAGGAAGGAAGGGGUACUGUGUCUAACCUUCCCUGCCCAUGUCCACUCCAGAGUCCGUGACUCUGCAAGUGGGGUAAUUCACUGAAGGGAACACUUCGCUGUUACAUCACCCCCUGGUUUGGGGCUGUGGCUGUCUGAAGAUCCCUGAGGCUCCUGGCUGGGGUCUGCAGUGCACAUGCCCAGCUCAGGCAUGGUUCUGGACACUCUAGGCCAAUAGGAUGGCUGCCUUCUCCUCCUAGAGAUAAUGAGUCUGGUGAAUAUCCCGAGUUUACGGGCUGUAGAUGGCCAGGAACCCUCUCCAGACCUGUCUUCUCAUCUCUAUGCCAUGAUGACAAAUCCACCCACGAUGUAAGUCUCACAGAGAACACAGAGCACUUGCCUCAAAAUCCCCAGCCCCGAGCCCUAACCCAGUACCACUCCCAUCCCGAGAGCUACUUAAAUAUCUUUCCUCUGCAUGAAAUACCACCAUUGAGCCAAAGCUCAGCUUCUCCCGGGUCCCCAACACCUCCACCCCGCCACACCAUGUUUUCCCUUCCAUACCCAUGUCAUGCACUGCUCUCCAUCAGGUUCAAGUGGCAGUUAACGCUUGACCCUUUCAUUGUCCCCAGCCUGCGGUCCUGUCUUUCUUUGAAGUGUCCUUUGAAUUGGUUCAUUCUUCUCUAGUCCCAUUGCCCUUGCUCAAUGUAUGCGUACAAGCAUCUCUAUGGACUGAAGGUUGGUGCCCCUCACCCCCACCCCUCAGUGUUGAAGUUCUAACCCCUAAUAUGAUGGUGGGCCUUUUGGAGGCUAUUGGAUGAGGUCAUGGGGAUGAAGCCUCAUGAUGGGAUUAGAGUCUUCAUACAAGGAAGAGACCAGAGAUAACUCUCCAUUAUGGGUGGUGUAGCUCCAAGUUACCUAUAAACAAGGAAGAGGCCACCCGUGGGAGCUGGAUGAGCUAGAACUGUGAUCCUUGACUUCCCAGCCAUCCGCAAGCUUCUGGUUAAAGCCCCGCCCCUGGCUGUGUGCUCCUACAGCCAGAGGGAAGGCAGCUUCCUACCCUGCUUAUCUACUUCCUGCCUCAUUCCUAGUGCAGGAUACUAGUUUCUUUCACGGCACUUAUUAACACUUGUUAAUACUCAAUUGCUUGAUCUUUAUAACCAGACAUGAAGUCUUUAUCACCAUGAAGCCAAGGCUGAAUAUCACAUCUGGCAUGUGGUAGGUAACCGCUGAAGAAAUGAAAUGCUGGGCUGGCGAGGUGGGUCAAUGGGUAAAGGCCCUUGCUGCCAGGCCUGAUCAUUUGAGUUCCAGCUCUGGAAUCCAUAUGGUAGAAGGAAAGACCAACACAGCAGGUUGUCCUCUGACUUCCACAUACAUCACACACACACACACACACACACACACACACACACACACACACACACACACACACACACACACACAGCAACAACAACAAAAAUCAGAAAAAAAAACCAAAUUAAAUGGCUGGCUUCAAUAAAGGUCUCCCUGUUUUCUGCCCA